AUGGAUAAAACAAAACGAAAAACUUUUAUGUUUAUUCCUUCUGAAUUAACUGAAUGUGGUUUGUUAAAAAAUCCAAAAAUCCAAUAUUCAAAUACUACUGAUUUUUAUUUACUUGGUUAUAAAAUACCAGAAUCAAAUAAUAAUCAUAAUCAUAAUGAUCAUCAUUAUUCAAAUAACAAUGAAGUUGUAUUAAUUUUAAGCUUUUUUAAUUCAUUCACUGGGAAAAAUGAAAAAUGUCCUUAUUGUU